UACACUUAGCUUUCAAGGACAAAAGGGCUAAAUCUUUCUACUAAACACAAAUUAAUCUUUUUUUCUAAUUCCUUAAUCCUCUCAAUAGAUUUUUAAUGGAGAAAUCUCCAAAUUCAGGUAGAGGUGUUAGCUAUGGUGGAGGUCAAAGUUCUUUAGGUUAUCUAUUUGGUGAUGAUAAAAAGCAACAAAAGAUUGAUGAGCCUCCACCUUCUCCAACCAUUCUUGCACCUCCCUAUGGAAUUGAUGAUGAUGCAAAUGAAUCACAAAAUAAUUCUAAUACUACUUCAAUUACUUAUCAAAAAUCUCAGGGACAAAAUUCUGGAAUUUUCAUCACUGGUCGUCCAUCGACAAAGGUGAAUUCAGUUCCAGGAGGAGAUUCAUCAUUGGGCUAUUUGUUUGGAGAUAAGUCUUGAUAUUUCUUCAUGAUCUAUCUAACUUCUAAGCAUGGAUGAAGUUUAAUUAAUUAGGGUUUGAAUAAGGGAGAAAUUUGCAAUUUCUCUAUAGUUUCAAUAUUUAUAUUUUACCAGUGAAGGGGAGUCUUAGAGUAAUGAUAAAGUUAUUUCUGUGUGAUCUAAAGGUCAUGAGUUCAAAUUUACGUGGAGAUAAUCGCGCUCAUGCUUGCAUUACACCAGGUUGUCUACAUUGCAGUAUACUUUGUGCUAUCGGACUGCCCAUCCCCCUUUAAUUUGCCUUUUAACUUGUUUUUAGAAAUUCCAAUGUUUGUAUUUGUGUGCUAAUUAGUAGUCUUUUAAUAUAAAUUUGUGUGCGGUUGUGUAAGAAGUUAAUUUGUGUAUGAUGAAGAUCAUCAUGCAAAUUUGGUUAGGGUUUGUAAGGUUUUCAGUAUUAUGUAUUAUAUCAAUCUUUAAAUGAAAUAAAUUAUUCAUGUUGUAAUAAAGGGGUCUUUGCUUUCUUUAAUUA